UAAAAGGGCACAGUUUUGGGGGACCACUGUUCUAGGCCUUGAAGGCGUCAGUUUUACACAUGGCCGAUAGGUGGCGCUGGGGGCCACUUGGACCCCAAGGCUCAGAAAGCAAAGAUCGUGUGGAGAGAGCUAAAUCUACUUCCGGAAACGAGGGCUGAGGGUGACGUACUUCCGCUCUGACCUGCACUGUAUGGGCGGAGCUUCUCUGUGAACCUGGCUAAAGGGAAUAAGGCAUGUAGGACUGUGGAAGGCGUCCCAGGAGCUGUGGCGAGCCGAAGAGCCUGGUGGAUUGUGGAGGCUACACUUCCCAUCAGAUGAAGCCAUAGUGACUAAUGGUGAAGGAUAUUGGAAAUUAUAAUCCAGACCAUCUAAAGAGCACCAGGAGAAUGGAGAGGAAAAUAUGGUGGGCCUUUUAUCUGUCUUUACUACUGGCACUUAAUUUUGAAAGAAAUAGAAAAAUCAGAUUUAAUGACCUAGAAUACAAAUCAUGAGACUUAAUAGAAUGGAAGCAAAGAAAAAUGCAAAUUAAGGAAUGUCAGUAACCAGAAGAACACAGUCUAAUUUCUUAUCACACAACCAAACCAUUUUCUAAAACUGAGUGAAUAUUAACUAGUUUUAGCUGCUUGGAACAAGUUGGUGAUUUGAGAGGAAGCUCAAAAGAGACAUCACAUGGGAGAAAAAUUAUUUAAGUGCCCCAAUCCUGGGGAAAGUUUUCUCGGAAGCUCAGAUGCCUUUCAGCACCAGCAAAGCCAUACAACAGACGGGCUGUAUAAAUGCCUGGAGUGUGGGAAAUGUUUCACUCAUAGCAAGAACUUCAGCACUCACCAGCGAAUCCACACUGGAGAAAAACCUUACAAGUGCCCUGACUGUGGGAAAAGGUAUGGUGCCAGUUCUACCCUUAGUAGGCAUCGAAAAAUCCACAUGGAAGAGAAACCCUAUAAAUGCCCAGAAUGUGAGAAGAGUUUCAGUUAUAAAGCAGACCUCAUUAAACACCAUCGAGUUCACACUGGAGAGAAACCUUAUGUAUGCCAUGAAUGUGGAAAGAGCUUUAGCCAAAGCUCAAAUUUUGUUACGCACCAGAGAAGCCACACCGGAGAGAGACCUUAUGAAUGCCCUGACUGUGGGAAAAGUUUUACUGUGAGUUCAAGCCUUAUUGAACAUCAGCGAGUCCACACCGCUGAGAAGCCCUUCCUGUGUACAAAAUGUGGGAAAAGUUUCAAUCGGAGCUCACACCUUAAUGUGCAUCAGAGAACCCACACUGGAGAGAGGCCUUUUCAGUGUUCUGAUUGUGGGAAAGGCUUUACUAUACUCUCCACCCUUAGUAAACACCAAAGAAUCCACACUGGAGAAAAACCUUAUAAAUGCCCCAAGUGUGAGCGAAGCUUUAGGGUGAGUUCAAUUCUUACCCAGCAUAUCAGAACCCACACGGGCGAGAAGCCAUACAUUUGUCUUGACUGUGGGAGAAGCUUCAGUCAAAAGUCACCUCUCAUUGCUCACCAGAGACUUCAUACUCGUCAAAAAACUAAAUGACUGGUGUGAAAGAAAGUGGAUUGAUUUGGAAAUGGAUGAGUAAAAAUUGAUUAUUGUUUGGGAUAUGAGGUUAAGAAAAUGGCUUGGGAUACAAAAUGAAUGGAAUACUAUGCUUAUUUCCUUCCUUCACAGAAUUAUUUGUCUGUUGUUGUUUUUAGAAAUGAUAUACUUCCCUCUUUACUGUACUUAUUUCCUUAAAAUUGAUUUCCUUUGAGAGCAUUUAAGAAAGGACAUUUAAAAUGCAGCUGAUAUUGUUUUUGCAGAGCCUUUCAAAUAGGGAGGGCAUACAUCCAAAUUCAUGGAUGCCAUAAAUGAUGGCAUGGGAGUGUCAUAAGGAUAAAUGGUACUAGGUAUUUUAACAUCCUUUUUAUAUCGAAAAGUGCUAUUGUUGUGAGCCUUCAAGUCAUUUCUGACUUACAGCGACCCUGAGGUGACCCUGUCACAGGGUUUUCAUGGCAAGUUUCUUCAGAGGAUUUUUUUGUAAUUGCCAUCCUCUGAGACUUGAGACAGUGUGACUUGCUAAAGGUCAUCCAGUGGGUUUACAUGACUGACCAGGAUUUGGACUCUGGUCUCCUGUCAUACAUACUCCACCACUCAUACCACUAUACCAUACUGGCUCAAAAGAGCUGUGGAACCAAUAAAAUGAUUUAAAAUUACUGUCUUCAUCUGAUAAGCAGUGAGUUAUUGCAUAAGGAUGUUGCUAGACCAAGUUUUCUUUAGCCCUUAUUUCUCAACCCCCCCUAUUUUUAUUAUCUUCUUAUUGGCCAACAAGACAGGGCACAUCAGAGUCAUACAAGCUGAAUCUCCCUUAUCUGGAAUUCAGACAUUUUCUGAAAACCAAAACUUUUUUUAAUGAGUGGCUGAGAUAGUGACAUCUUUGCUGAUGGUUCAUUAGCCACAAACUUCGUUCCAUGCUCAAAGAUAUUAAAACAUUAUGAAUAAAUUACUUUCAGGCUAUAUGUAUCAGAUUUAUAUGAAACAUAAAUGAAUUUUGUGUUUAAGCUUGGGUCCCAUCUCCAAGAUAUUUCAUUAUGUACAUAUAUGCAAAUACAGGCAUUCUGAAAUCCAAACUACUUCUAGUCCUAAGCAUUUCCGAUAAGAGAGGCUCAGCCUGUACCUACAUUUACAGUCUCAAUGUGGAGCAUGGGUACAGUUGGCAGGGAUGAGAAAUGGCAUCUCCCCAUUCGCAUUUCCUACUCAUGUCUUAAAGGAGCAUUGCUUUGGUGACAACCUCAUCCCCAUCUAAACAGAUUGUUGACUUCCAAAAGAUCCUUUGUAGAAAGGAGAGAGCAAAAUGAAACAUUUUCAUUGAGAGGAAUUGUAUACUUCCAUUCAUUCUUUAAAAAUCUCAACAAAAUUCAAUAAACUAACUCAAAUCACAACAAUAAAACAAUUAUUUCA